UUGUCGGAGAGUUAUUCGUCGUCUGUGCGGUGCUUAUCGCUCGGAAAUCGGACGAUUACACCUUAUCACGGACACGAAUCUGGACCUCUUUCUCCUCCCCGCCCCCCGCGUGUAUCGCGAUACUCGCGGCACGUAUAUUAUCUCGGAGUUAUCGGAUGAGAGCGAAGCUUCGAACUCGAUCGGGCGCGCGCUCCACAGCACGCUUAUUAAGAGCACAUCGGCAGUAGCAGCAGCAGCAGCUUCGGAUGAUCAUCGGUGCGACGGCAACGCACACGAAAUUGCAUGAUUUUUCGCGCGCGCCGUGUGGAUGGCUUUCAACCGAUCAUGACGAGCGCGAAAUCUAGAAAUAGUGCUCGCAGUGUAUAUAGCUCGAUUGUCCGAGUGUUGCGCGACCAAGUAGAGUGAGAGAGAGAGAGAGCUGCUGCAAGCUCUCGACGCGCAAAACCGAGCAUCUCGUUUCUACGCGCUGCUUCAAGUUGUAAACGCGCAAACGAUUUAUUUCGUCGUAUAUGCACGCGGUUCCAUACCUUUUCUCGUGCUCUCUCUCUCUCUCUCUCUCUCGCUCCCCAUUGUAAUAAUAAAAAAAAAGUAGAAGAAGAAGCGAAGAAAGAGAAAGACGUCAGUCGCGCGUCUCUAAUCCACAAUGGAAACCGAGCUGCCUGGCUUCUAUGAGCUACAAGCCGUGGGAGAGGUGCUGAUGCAUCGGAUGCAGCGCACCGAGCAGGCGGUCCUCAAGCUGAAGAACUUCGCCACCCUGGUCGAGCAGAUGCUGUUCUUCGCGCUGGCCGAGCGGCUGCUGCUGCCGAGCACGGGCCGUCGCUACGCCAGCUGCCUCUACAGCCUCAUGUUCUACAACGUGCUGGCCUACUGCUUCGGCUACGUGCGCUGCCUCUUCACCGAGCAGCAGAGGUGGUACGUCACCGUCGCCGACAACUCGCCCAUCAAGCACCUGGCCCUGUCCACGACCAAGUUCGUGCUCGAGUGGUCCAAGGCCGUCAGCUUCCUCGUCACCGUCGCCUUCUCCGUCAUUUUUUUCGCACUCAUGGACAGUACCAUGCAUCACUACAAACCGACCGCUCUGCACAGCUUCGUCACCUUGGCGUAUUACAUGGCCACCGAGAAGACGUUCGUCGAGCUGUUCCCGGAGGUGCUGCGCUACCUGGACCUCGAGUCGCUCGAGAGCCUCGAGCACGUCUACGGGCCGGUGCUGCUGCGCCUCUUCACCAUCUCGCUCUCGGGCUGCUUCGUGCUGCUGCUGCUGGCCUCGGCGCCCUGGCGAUUUCUCGCCAUCGUCGCCUACCUCAACGUCUAUCUGCGCGCCAAGGAGCUCCAGCAGACCCACUGGCUGGAGCUGCGCCGCGAGCGCGACCUGCUGCUGCGCUUCAGGAGCGCCAGUCCCGAGGAGAUUCGUCGCUUCGACGACGUCUGCGCGGUCUGCCUCGGCCCGAUGAGGCUGGCCCGCGUCACGCCUUGCCAGCAUCUCUUUCAUCCCAGCUGCCUGAGGAUGUGCUUGAAGAACCUUCAGGACUGCCCUCUGUGCAAGCAACCCUUUGUGUUUCUCUGAUACGAUGCGCGUUUAAAUGAGAUGCGAUACAACACAAGGCGUCUGAAUGGUCUUACUUUGAUGAUAUACAUCUUUUAAUUACCAUUACUGUGAUAUUUCAACGGUUCUUUAGUAUAAUCCUGAUAGACGUAGUAUCAUAAAUGAAUCGUAUUAAUAUCUAAAAUAAUAUAAAAUACUUAUUGUAUUGAAAAACUUAUGCAAUAACGUAAACUAUAAAUCUAAUUAUUUGUAAAAAUUGUCAAUUUAUCUUCACAACAGUAUUAAAAUACACUAAGAUGAUGGAUGGUGAAGAUGCAAUAAAUUUGUAUGGCGUAUUGUAGUUAACAAAUCAU